CGGGCGGAGGGAGGCUGUGGAGAGCGCGCAGAGCCCAGAGCGCAGCGCAGCCGGCACCCGGCACCCACCGACGGGCGCAGCGGGGGCGAGCGGAGCCGGAGGCGCGCCCCGGGCAGAGAGAGCUGAGCCGGCCGGCCGGGCGCCCUCCCCAGUCCCUGCUCCCGCGCCGCGCCCCUGCGGCCAGCAUGAGGCUCCUGUCGGCCGCGCUGCUCCUGCUGCUCCUGGCGCUGUGCGCCGCACGCGUGGACGGGUCCAAAUGCAAAUGCUCCCGAAAGGGGCCCAAGAUUCGAUACAGCGACGUGAAGAAGCUGGAAAUGAAGCCAAAGUACCCGCACUGCGAGGAGAAGAUGGUUAUCAUCACCACCAAGAGCGUGUCCAGGUACCGGGGUCAGGAGCACUGCCUGCACCCCAAGCUGCAGAGCACCAAGCGGUUCAUCAAGUGGUACAACGCCUGGAACGAGAAGCGCAGGGUCUACGAAGAGUAGGGUGAUAAGUCCCUCGUGGGAAAGCUUCAUACCAGCUGGGAGGCGAGCAAAGGACUCUGCAGAUAAAAAACAAACCUUUUCUUUCUCACAGGCAUAAGACACAAAUUAUAUAUUGUUACAAAGCACUUUUUACCAAGGGUCAGUUUUUACAUUUUAUAGCUGUGUGCGAAAGGCUUCCAGAUGUGAGACCCUUCUCUCCUGUGCUCCAGACUUCAUCACACACUGCUUUUUACUGAAAGGGGGGAAAUUCAUGCCUUUCCUUUGUAAAAAAAAAAAAAAAAAAGAAAGAAAAAGAAAAAAAGAAAAGAAAAGAAAAAAUGCUUUUUUGUAUUUGUCCAGACAUCGCUACAUCUGAGCUUUAUAAGCGCCUGGGAGGAACACAGAGCUUGGUUGAAACAUUUCAUAGCAGCGUUGCUCCGCUGCUAAUGCGGGGCGCUUCCGCUCAGUGGUCCUGGGGCCUCCACACAGCUGCCAUGGGCCCUCCUGGGCUCAAGGCUGGUCACAGCCUCAGGGGGACUCCGCAGUGGCCCCCAUCACCAGGCAAGCAGAAGCCCAUCUCUCUGCGUCUGUUCUUUAGGGACUCAAGUUUGUCUGCCCCAGGAACGUGCUUCAAGCCCCUGACCCCAACCCUGGUUCAUUUUUACAUAUUCUAGGGAAUAGUCACGAGGUUCCGGGAUGGCAGAGCAUAGGGCCCUUCAGAAAGGGGUUGCGUCUCCUUCUUGUAAAAGGUUCACUGCUUCAGUUUUUACUGCUCUAGAAGCACGUGAAGUUCCCAACACUGGUAGCAAAACCUUACAAGAAAUCUUAAAAAUGUACUGAUCCACGCACAGGACACAGCUACAGACACACACGCUGAUGAUGAUGGAGAGCCUUCCAGGCAUGUUUCUUUCCCUCCUCGUGACAGAACAUGAAAGACGGCAUUCUACCUGGGACUCCCCGUGUAAUUCUUCAAUGUUAAACGGCACAGUCCUCUCUUUAAAGCUAGGGCGACCACGCACACUCUCCUUUGUACAUAGUCUCUUAAGAAUGCCCCCUCCACAUGCCGCCCCUUCACUAUAUGCGUUGUUGUACUGCAGUGUCAUAUGCUAUGCAUGUGUCAGAAACCAUUAGCGUUGCAUGCAGGUUUCAUAUUCUUUCUAAGACAAAAAGAAAAGUAAUAAAAUAUAUUUGCAAUGUACCCGAA